AUGAGCGUGGUCUUGCAGAUGACGGCGUUCGGUAUUGCUCUGCUCUCAAUCCUCUUCCUGGUCAUCGCCACGUGCACCGACUGCUGGAUGGUGAACGCUGACGACAGCUUGGAGGUGAGUCACAAGUGCCGGGGGCUUUGGAGGGAGUGUGUCACCAACAUGCAGGAUGGGGUCAAGACCUGUGACCAAUAUGACUCCAUUUUGGCAGAUCACCCAGUGAAGAUCGUGGUGACGCGGACAUUGCUGAUCACAGCGGACCUCCUGGCAGGCCUGGCUUUGGCUACGUUGCUCCUCGGACUGGAUUGCAUCAAGUUCCUCAAGGAGGAGCCCCGCGUCAAACUGAAGAUGUGUUACGGGGCUGGCGUCAUCCUUGGCAUCGGGAGUGUCCUGGGUCUUGUCGGCUCGGUGUGGUACGCAGUGGACGUCUACGUGGAGAGAGCCACGCUGGUGUCACACAACAUAUUCCUGGGAGUCCACUAUGACUUCGGAUGGUCCUGCUGGCUGGGGAUGGCCGGCUCGACGGGCUGCCUCGUGGCGUCCGUCAUGCUGACCUGCUGCCUUUACAUCCGCACAGCUCCCCGCUUCGGGGGCUUGGCGGAAACGACGCUGGCCGACCGCUGCGUCCCGCAGCGCGGGAACGGGCCCGUCGAUGUUACCGGCGGAGGCUAA